AUGAGAUUAACUGCUGAUCUCUGUCAAUCUGAACUGUUCAAUAUACAAAUCAAUGAUUCAGACAAUUUACAGCAGGCUGAAAAGUCUUACUUAAGAGCUGAAGCUAUUUCCAAAGUUUAUGGAUUAACUCUAGAAGAUAUUCUUAAUGUAUCUCCUAAAUUUUGGCAAAUGCAUACUGAUCCCAUCAUGAGUAUCGAUGGAGCCGCCUCAACUUUGCUGACUAUUCAAUAUAACCUCGUCGUUGGAACACUUGGUAUGUUUGUAGGAGAAAGAAAGGAUCUUGAACCUCUUCUUCAAGAUUUAGUAGAAUAUAAAACAAUUGGACAUUUUUGUUUAACUGAAGUAGGACAUGGUCUCAAUGCUCUCUAUUUACAAACAACUGCAACUUUACAAAGUGAUGGAACUUUCGAUCUUCACACGCCUAAUGAUCAAGCUGGAAAAUAUAUGCCACCAACAAUUCCUGUUCUUGGACGUCCUUGUAUUGCUUUAGUAUUUGCUCAAUUGAUUGUUGAAGGUGAACAUAGAGGUCUUCGACCUUUUAUUGUUACUAUUAAUGAUGGAUAUUGUAUGAGUCCAGGUAUCAAAGCAAAACUUUUACCAAGACGUUCUGGAGCACAUCCUGUCAAUCAUGCUAUUACUUCAUUCAAUCAUGUUCGCCUUCCAUCAACUGCUAUUCUAGGCAAUCUUAAGAAGCCAUCCUCAUUACAUAUACAUUUUCUUCUUUCUAUCAUUCGCGUUAGUGUUGGUACUCUUGCUCUAAGUUCCAUUGCUUUAUCCGUCUUGCAGAUUGCAUCACACAUUGCCUAUCAUUACAGUAUUCGACGAACAAUAUAUAAACAUGAUGGUAGUGAAAUUAAUAUUCUCUCUUUUCGAACACAACAAAUUCCUGUUUUCACGGCAGUUGCACAAAGCUACGUACUUCAAGCAUUUACAAAACAUUCUAUAAAUUAUUUUAUGGAUCAAUCACUUGAUCCCCGUUCAAGACAUGGUGUUGCUACCAUAUAUAAAGCUGUCUGCUUGCAACAUUCUCAGUCAUCACAACUAGAGCUUUCUGAACGCUGUGGAGCUCAGGGCCUUUUUGGAUACAAUCAAAUCAUAACUCAAUAUAGCAAUAUACAAGGAGUUGCGAUCGCCGAGGGGGAUAUCCUUGUCCUUACAAUUCGUCUUGUUAGCGAACUUUGCAUUGGAAGAUAUUCCCUUCCUCAAACAUCCAAUCCAGACAGUCUUCUGGCUAAACAUGAAGCUAGUAUAUUUGAAGAGUGUCAAGCUAUUGCUAAACAGUAUGGACAUCGUAGUAAAGAGUUCUCGUCCUAUGUUUUGCCAAAAUGUCGAUCUGUUGUUGAGGCCAUGGGACAUCGUAUAGCAUAUGAUGCUGCAGUAGCUGAUGAAGUACCUCAAACAUUGAUCGACAUCUAUAUGUGCCAUGUUAUCAAGCUUGAUCUUGCUUGGUACAUCGAAAAAGGACUACUUACACGCGCACAAUUCACUCAUAUGGAAGCAGAAGCAUUCGACAAAGCCAUUCCAUUGAUGCAUGAUUGGGUAGAACAAAUGGAUGUUGAAUCAUAUAUCAAGGCACCGAUUGUCAGUGAUGACAGAUGGGCAAAAUUCGUUAAAAGUUUAUAUUGCUACGAUGAUGUCAAAAAUGCUUCACAUGUGGUUGAUACUAAUAUCGAAAGCACAAGCAAUGUGUCAGUUGAGAAUAUGACUAUUCCAACAUCAAGCAAUACUUCUGAAGCCUCAAUCAAUAACAAAAUUUGA